GGGAUCAUCAUUGUUGCUGACAAAAUAAUCCUUGUGACUUAUUUUAUGGUCAAAUGAUAGGCCCAAAUAAUUGAGCAUGAUGGUGAUUUUUAUUACUUAGGUCCUAAUCAAAUACUAGCCACUUUUCCAAGUAGUUUCCCUUUCACAUUUUACUAAUUUGACUAUUUGAGUCAUAUAUACCAGCUACCAAGUUUUAGGAUGUAGACUCAUUCAAGAAAAAAAUAGUAAUGCUACUAAUGAGUAAAGUUUAUAUUCACAAAUCACUGUAAUUAGAGAUAAUUACAAGAGAGUAAUAGCUACUUAGCUUGCACAUGUAAAGGAUAUCGAGAAAGUACUCAAGAGUAGCUAAUAAGGCGGCAGAUUAAUUAGACUAUCUACAGACUAAAGUUGGCUAACCAAACCGACUACUCGGUGAGACCUUAAAACAGUUCUUAAGCACUUCUUAUUAUUAAUCAUUUUUAUUCUAAAGCAACUUAAGCUCAUUGGCUUCCUGCCAAACCUUAAUCCAUCCAACUCACAUGUCAAAGUUGACAACCAGGUCAAAACUCCCGAAUAUAAACAUAUGAACCAAACUAUACAACCAUGUCGGCAAGUCCAUAAGUUUUCAAUGGCAAGCUCUAGACCUCACAAAGUCACAAUACGAAGUCAAGCAUACCUGUGGUGCUAAACAAAGAGAAGACUUGUGCUUCAAACAUUAAAGAUAUUUAAACAAUUAGCCAAAAUCAAAUCAUAUGAUUCCAUGUAACUUCGACUUUAAUUAUAAAAAAAAAAAUGAUUCAAAUUUAUGCAUUUUUUCUUUACAUAUUACCACUUGGUUUAGAAUUAUGCUCAGCGGCCACAGCCAUAAGCAGCAUAACACCAACACAGAUCCUAAAAGACCCAGAAACUAUAGUCUCCAAAAAUAGUUUAUUUAGGCUUGGGUUUUUCAGCCCUGCUAAUUCGACAAAUCGCUAUGUUGGUAUCUGGUAUAAUCUCCCUUCUGUAAAGGAAGUCAUAUGGGUAGCUAACAGGAAUAGUCCUCUCACUGAUUCUAAUGGAGUGCUUAGAUUAUCAGUUGAUGGGAAUCUGCAAGUUGAGAAUUCAAGAAAUGUGACACUUUGGUCUUCAAAUGUCACUCAUCCUGCCACAAAAUUCUCAGUUGCUCAACUUUCGGAUUUUGGGAGCCUUGUUGUCCAAGGAUUUCCAUCCAAUGCAACCCCUGAAAAUGGGACUAUCAUAUGGCAGAGUUUUGAGCACCCGGCAGAUUCAGUUUUACCAAAUAUGAGGUUCAUCCUUACCUCAAAUUCUGAUUUGAGGCGGGUCUUGCAAGCUUGGAAAAGCUCUUCAGACCCAUCAAAUGGAAGAUUCUCAAUUGGCACUAAUUCCUUAGGCCUAUUCCAGAUCAUCAUCUGGGAUGGAGAUCGUCCACAUUGGCGAAGUGGUCCUUGGAAUGGCAACAUUUUCAUAGGGACAAGAUACCAUAACACUGGCUAUGGUAAUAUCUUGGUCAAUACCGGGUCAUUCACACAAGAAACAGUCGGUGGAAUGCUUUCCCUGGUGUUUGCUGGUGCAAAUGAGACUUUGAUGUCACAUUAUGCAAUAACUUAUCAGGGAAUAAUAGCUCAAAGAUGGUGGGAUGAUAGCAUUAAGAAUUGGGGGAUCUCAUGGAAGGCCCCAGAUAACGUGUGUGAUAUUUAUGGGAAAUGUGGGGAAUUUGGCAGCUGCAGACCUUAUAGUUCCCCAAUCUGCAGUUGUUUGAAAGGUUUUGAACCUAAAAACAAAGAAGAAUGGAAGAGAGGAAAUUGGUCGAGUGGGUGUGCAAGAAGAAAGCAACUGCAAUGUGGUCUACCAGGGAGUAAACAAGAUGGGUUUCUGAGAUUAAGCAUGAUGAAAGUGCCAGAAAAUGCUGAAUUGAUUACAGGAUUGAACAUAGAUCAGUGCAGAAGUGCAUGCCUUACAAAUUGCUCUUGUUUGGCUUAUGCAUAUGAUACCCAGAUCACAUGUUUGACAUGGAGUGGAAACUUAAUCGAUGUUGCAGACCUUUCCCCUGGCGGGGUUGAUCUAUACCUUCGGCUUGCACAAUCUGAGCUAAGUAAUAAUAUAAACAUCAAAGCAAUAGUUGCAGCCAGUGUAAUUUCAGGAACAGCGGCAGUUGCUGCCAUCAUAUGGUUCCUUUGGAGGAGAUCAAAAUCGAAAGGUAAAGUGCCAUGCUUACCAAUCAAGAGAGUUGAGAGAAGCCAAGCAACACCUAACGCACAUGUGUUUAGAGACAAGAGCCAAGUUAUGAUUGAAGACUUGCAAAUAUUGGAAUUUGACAAGUUGGCUGAGGCAACAGACAGCUUCCAUGAGUAUAAUUUGCUCGGAGCUGGUGGAUUUGGGCAAGUAUACAAAGGAAAACUGGAAGACGGACAGGAAAUAGCAGUAAAGCGACUGUCAAGAGCAUCUGGACAAGGUGCAGAAGAGUUUAUGAAUGAGGUUGCAUUAAUUUCAAAACUUCAACACCGCAAUCUAGUGAAACUGCUGGGAUGCUGUGCUGAAGGCGAGGAAAAAAUGCUGAUAUAUGAGUUCAUGCCAAAUAAAAGCUUGGAUACAUUUCUAUUUGAUCCAGAAAAGCGCAAAUCUUUAGACUUGCAAAAAUGCUUCAACAUCAUAGAAGGGGUAUGCCGAGGCCUACUUUACCUUCACAGAGAUUCCAGAUUAAAAAUUAUCCACAGAGACCUCAAAGCAAGUAAUAUUCUGCUGGAUAAAGACCUCAAUCCAAAAAUUUCAGACUUUGGCAUGGCUAGAAUUUUCGGGGGUAACCAGGAUCAAGCUAGUACUCAAAGAGUUGUUGGAACAUAUGGUUACAUGUCUCCAGAGUAUGCAAUGGAAGGACACUUCUCUGAAAAAUCAGAUGUAUUCAGCUUCGGAGUGGUACUGAUUGAGAUAGUAAGCGGAAAAAAGAAUAACAACUACUGGUAUCAGGAAGACUCCCUGAGUCUCUUAGGAUAUGCCUGGAAAUUGUGGAGAGAAGACAAUAUCAUUUUAUUGAUCGACCCGUCCAUUAAUAGUGCACCCUUCCAAGCUGAGACAGUAAGAUGUAUACAUGUAGGGCUAUUGUGUGUUCAAGAACUCGCCAAAGACAGGCCAAACAUGUCAACCGUCAUCUCCAUGCUUUUAAGUGAUAUAACAGAGCUUCCAAAUCCAAAACCACCCGGGUUUGUUCAACGCCAGCUGUCGUCUGAUACAGGGUCAUAUCAGAUCACUGAACAAACUUCUUCCACAAAUUAUGUUACUGUAACAUCUUUGGCUGCUCGAUACAUUACAAUGAAAAAGUUCAUUCAUGAUGGAGAAACCAUAAUAUCCGGUGAUGGUACUUUCAAGCUGGCCUUUUUCAGCCCACCACACUCUACAGACCGCUAUGUCGGCAUCUGGUACAACAAAGUUUCAGAGAUGAAUGUUGUUUGGGUUGCAAACAGAAACAACCCUCUAAAUGACUCUUCAGGUUUAUUCAAGAUCACAGAGGACGGCGAUCUAAAAGUGUUGAAUGGUCAGAAAGAGAUCCUAUGGCAGUCAAAUGUCACAUAUAGGGCCACUAAUUUGUCAAAAGCUCAGCUUUUAGAUUCUGGAAACUUGGUAUUACUCAGUUCUAAUAGUACAAUAUUAUGGCAAAGUUUUGAUCACCCCACCAACACAAUGUUUCCAAAAAUGAGUACGACUUUCAACAAAGAAAACUAUAAAAAUCCUCUUUUACAAUCUUGGAGAAGCCCAUCGAAUCCCUCGGAAGGAAGGUUCUCUCUUCGCCUUGAUUCUGUUAUUCUCCCAGAGUUUAUUAUAGGGAACAAUGAUCGCCCAUAUUGGAGAAGCGGGCCUUGGAAUGGUAACAUGUUUAUUGGAAUUCAGGUUAAUUACCCUGACUUCCAUAGUCAUGGAUUGAGUGUUCAAAAUGAUGACCAGGGAACCAUUACAGUGGUGUAUUCAAACCCCGAAAAUUCUUUGUCAAACAUAGAAUUAGACUACCAAGGAAAUUUAAUCCAACAGUACUGGGAUGAUACUAAUGGGCUUUCACCCAAAGAACAAAGAAGAGUGGGACAAAGGAAACUGGAGCAGUGGGUGUACACGAAGGACGAGCUUCAAUGUGGAGUAAAAGGUGCAAAAGAUGAUGUGUUCUUUAGGCUAAAGAUGAUGAAAGUGCCAGCAAAUACUGAGUGGUCACCAGGGUUAGAUGAAAGCAGGUGCAGAAGCCACUGCUUGAGAGAUUGUUCAUGCUUAGCUUAUGCGUAUGACAUUGGUGUGGGGUGUAAGAACAGUAAAAUAAAAAUAAUUAUAGCAGUAACAGGAGCUUCAGUGUCUGCCACCCUUGUAGCUAUUGUAUACUUCUUGUGUAAGAGGAAGUCUAAACAAGGAAAGAAAACUGAAAAUUAUAAAGCAUUGUUGAAUAUUCUUGGCAACAAUAAAGCUCUAGACUGGGCGAACAUUGCUUUGGUAGCUGACCUAGUGAUUUAUGAUCCAUGCUUCCACGAUGAGUUUCUGUUAAAUACCAUGUAUUAUCUGUAUUCAAUUAGUUUCUUCUCUUUUUUUCUAUUGCAACAAACUUCAGCUUUAGACAAAAUUAUAGCUAGCAAGUUCCUUACAGACCCUGAAACUAUAGUCUCUAGUAAUGGUGCAUUUAAACUGGGGUUCUUUAGCCCCCCUAACUCGACACACCGUUAUGUAGGAAUCUGGUAUAGUAAACUCACCACGAGUAACGUUGUGUGGGUGGCUAACCGGAACAAACCUCUGAAAGAUUCAACUGGUGGAGCAAUCAGAAUAUCUGAUGAUGGCAAUCUUCGAGUCCUGAAUGCUCAAAACCAUACACUUUGGUCCUCGAAUAUUAAUGUUUCUGUCUCCAGCAACACUAACAGAAGUAUAGUAUCAGAAGCGCAGCUCUUAGACUCUGGCAACCUAGUUUUGGCGGAUCAAGAGGGCAUGAUCUUGUGGCAGAGCUUUAAGCACCCAACUGAUACAGCUUUGCCAAAUAUGAAACUUACUGUCAACAAGAAUUCUGACAUGAGGAAAAUGUUACAGGCCUGGAAUGGCCCUUCAGACCCGUCUUCUGGAAGGUUCUCGGUUGGCAUUGAUUCUUUUGCCUUCCCACAGCUUGUCAUUUACAAUAAUGAUCAGCCUUACUGGAGGAGUGGUCCAUGGAAUGGCCACAUCUUUACUGCAAUACAAAAUAACGAGACUGAUGAGUUCAAUGAUGCCGGUUUCAUUCUUGAGAAUGACAGGCAAGGUACCAUUUCUAUAACAUAUUCUUACACUAAUCAGUCAGUGUUAUCUAACUAUGGGUUGAGCUAUAAAGGAACUUUGACUCAGCGAUGGUGGGAUGAGAGCGAAAGAAAAUGGAAGGUGGCCUGGGAAGCACCACACACAAAGUGUGACAUCUAUGGCAAGUGUGGAGUAUUUGGAAGCUGUAAUUUGAUGAAUUCUCCUAUUUGCCGGUGCUUGAAAGGAUUCAAACCAAAAUACAAGUUAGAAUGGAGUAAAGGACAUUGGGAAAACGGGUGCAUGAGAAAAACAUCAUUGCAAUGUCAGAGAGGAAGUGAAAAAGAAGACGGGUUUUUCAGGGUGAAGGCAGUAAAGGUUCCAGACAACCCUGCAUGGUUAAUUGGAUUGGAUGAAAAUGAAUGCAGAAACCAGUGCUUACAGAAUUGUUCUUGUAUAGCUUAUGUAUUUGAUACAAGUAUUGGAUGUAUGUCAUGGGAUAGAGACUUGAUUGACACAGAAAAGUUGGCUGCAGGUGGUGUGGAUCUUCACCUAAAACUGGCACAUUCCGAACUAGGGAACAGCAGUAGAGCAGUAGCAAUUAUUGCAGCAACAGGGAGCUUACUAGGAGCAGCUACAGUUGUUACUCUUAUACUUGUUCUGUGGAGAAGCAAAGCCCAUAAGAAGCAAGGAAAGAAACUUCAGAGGAGAAAAACAGUUACAGAUAUUCUUGGAAUAGACGAAAACCAAGAUCAAGUUGAGGAGGUUCCACUGUUUGAAUUCGAAGAGGUGGUAACAGCAACAAACAACUUCCAGGACACUAACAAGCUUGGAAAAGGUGGAUUCGGUCCAGUUUACAAGGGAACAUUAGAAGAUGGACAAGAAAUUGCAAUCAAGAAACUUUCAAAAGCCUCAGGACAAGGAGUACAAGAGUUUAUGAAUGAGGUGCUGGUGAUAUCUAAACUUCAGCACCGAAAUCUUGUCAGACUACUGGGCUGCUGUGUGGGAGGAGAUGAGAAGAUGUUGAUAUAUGAAUACAUGCCAAACAAAAGCUUGGACUCACUUCUCUUUGAUCCGGUGAAGAAGGAGCUACUACCCUGGAAGAUACGCUACGACAUCACUCAUGGAAUAUGUCAGGGACUCCUUUACCUUCACAGAGAUUCUAGAGUAAAGAUUAUUCAUAGAGAUCUUAAAGCAAGCAACAUUUUGUUGGAUAAAAACCUGAAUCCGAGAAUUUCAGACUUUGGCAUGGCCAGGAUUUUUGGGGAGAAACAAGACCAAGAUGACAAGAAGAUUGUUGGUACAUAUGGAUAUAUGUCCCCUGAGUAUGCAAUGGAAGGGCGAUUCUCAGAAAAGUCAGACGUAUUCAGCUUUGGAGUCUUGUUAUUGGAGAUUGUAAGCGGACAAAGGAAUAGUAUUUUCUGGUACGAGGAGGAUUCCCUAAGCCUGCUAGGAUAUGCAUAUAAAUUGUGGAAGGAGAACAAUGUUAUUUCUCUCAUUGAUCCAGCCAUUGCUGAUACAUACUUCUCCGGACAGUCCGAAGAGAUUCAGAAGUGCAUACAAGUCGGCCUAUUAUGUGUAGAAGAAUCUGCUCAAGAUAGACCAAAUAUCUCUACUGUUAUCUCAAUGCUUCGAAGUGAGUUAGCAAAUGUUCCACAUCCAAAACCACCUGGCUUCAGUCACAGUCAGAAAAUAAGGAUGUCGGUUCAUCUUUCGGACAGAGCCAACAGAGUUCAUCUACGAAUCAUGCCGCUGUUACACUUGUAAGCGCCCGAUAACACAGGGAAUGUAACUAGCUAACAUGGUUUCCUAGGCCAAUGUGUUGUAAUCUAGUACUAUUGCUUAUAAAUUACAUUAUUAGCUCGAGUGAUGCCUUGAGUUCUUGAAGUUAGAGAAGGGAUUAUAUUAUGUGGUAAAUGAACAAUGCCUUAAAAUUUAACAAGUAUAUCUUGCAGAAUAAACAUCCAUCUAAUCUAACAUCCAUCUAAUCUAACAUAUUAAUUAGGAAAGCAAAAAUCUGUUUUCUAAAUUGUAUCAAGUUAAACGUGCUGUAUCUUGCCACUUCAGUACAAUAGAUAUCAGACAAAUCAAACAGGACCUCUGUUAACAUUUUUGUCUUGCAGCAGGACAGCGACGACCAUUUUGUAACUUGCCACUUUUACCUAGCUAGUUUAGUACAGAGUAGCAAUAAUUCAAUGGCCUCACUUCUCCAAUAGUGAAUUAGACUAAAAAUAACCAGUACAGCAUUGAUACACACACUAAAGUCUACUCCCUAGAUAUUCGACCUCCUAGCUGCACAUUGUAACCUUCCAGCACCAAAGUUUGACAUCAAUUUUUAUCCUUGAAUCGCCA